AUGCCAAACAUAGAUGAUGAGUUGUUUACCGUGACUUUUCCGAACGUUAGAUUUCAUCCUGGCCAUAAGUGGGUCCUGCUCACAGGCUCAGAAAAUGAAGAGACUGCUUCGUCCGCUCCCCCAACACAUGCGAUGAGGUUCUGUCUUCGUAGAAAUGAAUAUCCUGCAUAUCCUAUUGAUUUCAAGGUUUGCCACACUCCACUGAACUCUUAUGAAGGAUGGAUGAGGCAUAUGUUGAGUAAUGAGCGCAUCAGAGAUAACUUGGCCAGGGCGCAGAUUGUUGAAACUAUCAUGGCGUCUGCAACACUUCACAUCAGGAAAGACGCUGCAGGUUUGAUUACUUUCAUUUCUCGAUGGCGCCCUUCCACACAUACAUCUAUAUGUAGAUGGGGAGAAAUGACUAUUACUCUGGAAAGCGUAGCCGUGUUGCUGAAUCUCCCUGUUGCGGGAAGUUUCCACUAUAAACUAUCCAUCGAAGAGAAUUCUACCCUUGAUGCUAUACUUCGAAAGGCGGAAGAGUAUAAUCAACAGAAGAAAGGCGAUAAAUGCUUUUACACUUGGUGGGUUUCUCAAUGGUUUCCUACAAGACCAAGGCCGGGCCAGGUACUGGAUGAUGAACUCAGUGUGGUCGCAUUUCUGUCUUUGUGGCUGUCUAGGGACAUCUUCGAUAACGACUCUGGGAAGAAGACUAUAAGACACGGUAUUGUCAUGUUUGCCAUAAAGUUAGCGAAAAGAGUGGUUCUCCCCUUAGGAAGUUUAUUCCUUGGAUCGUUGUACCCCCAUCUGGAAACUUUGGCAGCAGACAUGCACGCUUCCAACGGGUACAAGAAAGUGGAGUCGCAUGUUCACAUAUCUUUCUUCCAAGCAUGCUUAUGGGAACAUUUCAAAGAUUAUGCUCCCGUCCCUACAGCUUCGUUUUCUAGUUUGUAUGGUGGUUCGAGAAUACUCCGUUGGCAAAACAGACGACCAAAACCUGGGUUAAGGCUCAUUGAUGUUCUCGAUAACGUGCACGCCAUAGAUUUCCGUCCGUGGGGACCGGUUCAUUCUUCCGUGGUUCAGCCAAAAACCUUUGCCACUGUUCUCGACACUGUGUUGCACACCGAUUGA